UGAAGAGACCUGUGGGCUGGGUACAUAACCCAUGCUUAGAGAAGUAGGCAAAAGCCAACAUGAGUGUGCUUGUCAUCUACAGCUAAAUUGUGGGAGGAUGUGCUAACAGAAAAGGAAGACAGACAAGAAGGAAACAAUAAAACCAUAGGUAUUCCGAGUUCUUGUAUUCCACGUUCUCGCACAUGCUGAGUGACUAUAACAGAGAGACCCCAAAGUACCAUAGCUCAGACUGUUAAAUGUUUUAGCUUUUGUGAGGCUGCUGAGGUUAGUGGUACAGGCCAGCAGGGCAACUCUGAACUACCCAGUCACAUAGGGUCAAAUGUCUUUCCUGUUUGUUCCAUAUCAUAGAUGCCACCCUCCCCAAUGGCUACUCGCCCCUGGGAAAGAGAGAAAGUAGAGCAGGAAGUUUUCUUGGAAGUGAACGAUGCCUAUGUUUGCACAUUGCUUCAGUCCACUGUCCACAGAUGAGGACUUAGUCAAGUAAGCCCACCUCCCUGAAAGGAAGGCCUUGUAAAAUGGACUCAAGAGGGUAAUGCCAGCCUCUGCAAGAUGUCUCAGCAGACAGAGGGCAGCCUGAGUUUGAUCUCCUGAACUCAAAUAAAAGACAGAUGCAGGAAUGUUUGUAAUCCUAGCACUCUGGCAGGAGGAGAGGCAGAGACAGAAGAACCAUCUGGAAGCCUGUGGAUCAGCUCAUCCUAGAGUAUUCACCAAAGCAGAAAUAAGAGCGAGCCUGCCUCAGACAAGGUGAAAAUAGAAAGUAGAAGACCGACUUCCACAAGCUACCAUCUGACCUCCACAGUGUUCUGUGGCAUUCAUGCAUCAAAACUCUCAUGCGCAAUGUUAACCAAUCGAUUAAUUUGUUAAAACAUUGUCAAGGGGCUGGUGAGAUGGCCCAGCAAGCACAGGGACUGCUGUUAAGCCUGAGUUUGAUUACUGGUCUUCAUAUCAUGGAAAGAGAGAACAACUUCCUGCAAGUUGACCUCUGACCUCCAUUCACAUGUCAUGACCAUGACACACAUAUACACAUAAUAUAAAAUGCAACAAAAAUAUUUUAAAUGAUAUGUAACUGUGCUGAGAGACCUCAUGACUGUGGAGAAAGUGGAAAACAGAUAUGGGAGAUGCUGCCUAGAUUAAUAUAGUAUUCAGGGUCUACCUAGCACUACCCCAUGAUAGAUAUUAGGUAAUCAAGACUCAGGGGUUAAAGACAAUUGAAGAAUACACAGCUUGAUUAAAGCAGAGCCAGGUGGGUUAGAACAAGGUCUCCCAGCUCCCUGGUUCUUAGAGCCCACAGCUUUGUAGAGCAUGAGGUACAUGCUCUACAGUGUGAAAUGGAUUCGUGAGUGAGUGGACCAUGUGCAAUGGAUCCAUGAGUGGACCCGUGUGCAGUGGCUUAGGUACGACCACCCUAUGGACCCCAUUGCCACAGGUAGUGCUCAGUGGUGACUGAAUCACCAGGAAGUCACUGCAUGAGUGCAUGAAGACCUCCUCCAGCCAUGUAUCUGAUGUCACAGAUGAGGAGGGGAUGGCUAAUCAGUAAGCCAAGGAACCUUCAUAUCAUCCACCUUCCCCAGCUGAGGCUGCUGGAACAAUAUACCCUAUGCUGGAUGGUUUAAACGGAAGACAUUCCUUUCUCACAGUUGUGGAGACGGGAAGCUCAGAAGCAAGUGUCCAGGAAUGGGGUGUGACAGCUUCUCCAGGGUGCCUCUGUACUCCUCCAUCUACCUAUGAGCCACUGCCUCCUGUACUGCCCUGACCCAGACUGAAGCCACCCAACAUACCACAGGGCAUUCUCCCAUGAUGACAACCAAGAACAUUUUCCCAGCCUCAAAGUCAGUGACCAGCAACCAGCUCCAGGUUUUUUCAGAAGCCUUCAACCCCACCACCAAAUCUUCUAAGACCAACAAGUCCAAGAGGUCUGUCCAAGAGACAAAGGACCCAGUCAGGAAUCUGUCCAAGCAACUCCCAGAGAAUUAUGACUUUGUUUCUGAGUCUACAAACUCCUACCACCUGGGCCUGCGUCCACUUACACCAAGGAAGCUUUUGGCCCAAGAGCUGCCGACAUUUGCCCCUAUCCCUAAGGCCACAAAAACCUGUGUCCCUAAGGAUUCCAUGGCCAUGCCUCAGCUGAUAGAUGAGGCCUAUGAGUCAAUAAAGAAUGACAGCCCAGCCCUGUACCCUCUCAGGAAUGCAUCCACUGUGUCAGUCACGAAGGCACCCUCUUCAGAAGACUUCAUUCAGAAGACACCCUCUGCAGAUACCAUGAUGGUACCCUCUGCAGAUACCACGAAGACACCCUCUGCAGAUACCACGAAGUUACCCUCUGCAGACACUGUGGAGGUACCCUCUUCACUGACCUCAAAGAGACUCUCUGCGAUGGCCAUGAAGCCAAAGACAAAGACCCAAGAUAUAAACCAGAAGCAGCAAGACAAUGAAAAAUCUUGUUUCUCCCUUGACCUGAUGUUUGUCAACCCAAACCAGUUAACUCUAGGUAUCCAACGUGUCCCUAUUCCAGAGGCCACAGAGGCCACAGUCCCAGGGACUCAGGUUAUGUCUUGAACUACCAUACAAUAAACAACUGACUAGA